AUGGAGGAAUCAGACUCGGGUACUAUGAUCAAGCUCACGGCCUCCAAUUACACUCUGUGGAGGUCUCAGAUGGAGGAUCUCCUUAAUUGUAAGGAUCUGGGAGAUCCUUUGGAUUAUAAAGGUAUGAAACCAGAUUCCGUCAAAGAUGAUGAUUGGAGAAGAAUGAAUAGGAAGACCAUUGGUCAAAUUAGACAAUGGAUUUACCAUAAGGUAUAUCAUCACGUCGCACAAGAGACUGAUGCUUAUAGUCUUUGGGAGAAGUUGGAAAACAUGUACCAGGCCAAGACUGCUCGCAACAAAGCCAUGUUAAUAAGACGGCUUGUUAAUCUAAAGUUAAAAAGCAGGACCUCUAUAGGUGAACAUACUAGUGAGUUCCAAAACCUAGUAAAUCAGCUUUCAUAA